CAUGCAUUGAAUUGAUGAAAAAAUGCACCCUCUUUUGUGCAAAUUUUCCAGGUCAAAAACCUUAAGGGAAACCCCAUAAUUCACACUGUUUUUGUCUUCUUCUCCUCCUCCUUCUGGGCUUUUUCUUCUUCUAUGGCCAUGGAGGCUAUCAUGGAAGAUAAAUGGUGAUUUCUCUUUUUCUUGUCUCAACAUUGAGGUAGGAGAAGGGUGAUCAUCUUGGAUAAGAAGAAGGCAAUGAAGGAGGCUGUUGGUAAUGAGAAGUUGCCCCAUAUGGGAGACAAUGUCCAUGCAUUUCAUGGAGCUGGGCUGCCUGGUCUCUUCAAGAAAAGUUACACCAUGAAUGUUUCUGUCUUCUUCAUCAUUCUCCUCAUCGGCACCUUCCUUUCGACCCGGUGGAGCGGUGUUUCUAUUGUUACAGGAGAUUCCUUUAGGACAGCUUGGAAUUAUAGGAGUUCAACAAAGCCCCAUUAUAAAAUAUUUGAGUACUCAAUGAAUUGCAGUGAGGGAAACAUGACAAAGACCUGCCCAGUUACUCAUCUGACAACAUUUGAGCCGAGCAACCUCUCCACCGGGACCUGCCCAGAAUACUUCCGGUGGAUCUACGAAGAUUUGAAGCCAUGGAUGGAGACGGGAAUAACGAGGGACAUGGUGGAAAGAGCGAAAACCCCAGCACAUAUUAGGGUUGUUGUGGUGGAUGGCAAGGUCUAUACGGAGAAGUACAAGUGGGUGUUUCAGACUAGAGAUGUGUUCACCAUAUGGGGCAUUCUGCAGGUGCUGAGGAUGUAUCCUGGGAAGCUGCCGGACUUCGAUUUGAUGUUCGAAUGUGGUGACAAACCGGUGAUCAAGAAACAUGACUACCAAGGGCCUAAUGCCACUGCUCCACCUCCAUUGUUUCAUUACUGUGGAGAUGAUGAAACACUUGAUAUCGUCUUCCCGGAUUGGUCAUUUUGGGGAUGGCCAGAGAUCCGUAUAAAGCCAUGGACCACCUUGAGAAAGGACCUGAGAGAAGGCAACAACAAAACCAAGUGGGUGGAUAGAGAGCCAUAUGCUUAUUGGAAAGGCAACUUCAAAAUGGGCGUAACCAGACAUGAGCUUUCCAAAUGCAGUAAGACCAAUGAACAAGAUUGGAAUGCUCGAAUUUAUAACAUGGACUGGCUCCAAGAGAUGCAAAAUGGAUUCAAGAGUGCAGAUUUAUCGACCCAAUGCACUCAUAAAUACAAGAUUUAUGCGGAGGGAGCUGCAUGGUCAGUUAGCGAAAAAUACAUUCUAGCUUGUGAUUCUGUGACCCUGCUUGUCAAGCCUCAAUACUAUGAUUUCUUCACAAGAAGUUUACAGCCUCUGGUCCAUUACUGGCCUAUAAAACUCAAGGACAUGUGCAAAUCCAUCAAAUUUGCCACUGAAUGGUGUAAUAACCAUACACAAAAGGCACACGAGAUAAGGAAUGCAGGGAGCAGCUUCGUCCAAGAGGAGCUAAGAAUGAAAUUUGUGUAUGAUUACAUGUUCCAUGUGUUGUCGGCUUAUGCAAAGCUGUUUAAAUACAAGCCAACUGUGCCUCCAGGGGCUGUGGAGGUCUGCCCAGAGACAAUGGUUUGCCCUGUGAAAGGGUUACAGAAGAAGUACAAGAUCCAAAGCAUGGUGAAGAGUCCUUCUGAUACGGGUCCAUGCGCCAUGCCUCCCCCAUAUGAUCCUGCAGAACUCAGAGAUAUGCUUGAGAGGAAAGACCAUGUAAUGAAGCAAGUGGAGAUGUUGGAGGAGGGUUCAUUGAAAAAUCUGAAGGCAAAAUGACCAAAUUUUGUAAAUGAUGUCAUGAGAAAAGAGCUCCCUUGUGCCUGUCUCUUGUUAUUUUUUUCUUAGGAAACAAACAGAGAAUAAUAGUUUGAACUUUUA